AGGUUAAAGUGGGGGGAAAAAAAACCCAAACCCUGAAACAUCGUUGACCGGAUAGAUUUUUCAACAUGAAUCGUGCUUUUAGCAGGAAGAAAGACAAAACAUGGAUGCACACUCCUGAAGCCUUAUCAAAGCAUUAUAUUCCCUAUAAUGCAAAGUUUCUUGGCAGUACGGAAGUGGAGCAGCCCAAAGGCACAGAAGUUGUAAGAGAUGCUGUUAGAAAAUUAAAGUUUGCAAGACAUAUCAAGAAAUCGGAAGGCCAGAAGACACCCAAAGUUGAAUUACAAAUCUCAAUCUAUGGUGUAAAAAUUCUAGAUCCAAAAACAAAGGAAGUCCAGCACAACUGUCAACUCCAUAGGAUAUCAUUUUGUGCUGAUGAUAAAACUGACAAGAGGAUAUUUACUUUCAUAUGCAAAGAUUCAGAAUCAAAUAAGCAUCUGUGCUAUGUAUUUGACAGUGAAAAGUGUGCAGAAGAGAUAACUUUAACAAUUGGUCAAGCAUUUGACUUAGCUUACAGGAAAUUUCUGGAAUCUGGAGGAAAAGAUGUUGAAACAAGGAAACAAAUUGCAGGUCUACAGAAAAGAAUUCAAGAAUUAGAAACUGAAAACACAGAACUGAAAAAUAAAGUUCAAGAUUUGGAAAACCAGUUAAGAAUAACACAAGUCCGUGCAUCUCCACUGCUGCACAUAAAGUGUGAUAAUGAUGAACAUAUAUUUCAAAGACCCUCUACUUUUUUCUGGUGUAACAAUGAGGAUUCACCUCCUUGUUUAGAUAUCUCUUCCAUUACGCUUACUCCUAGGAGUUCUCCUGACUCUAGACUAUCAUCUGGAUUGUUAAUACCACCACCUUCAAAAAGUGGUCUUCCAAAGCCAACCAGUGAAUACAGCUGCCCAAGACCUCGUGUAAUCCUGCUGUGCAAAAGCUUUUCCAGCUUUUUUGGCUUUCCUUUGUUCUCUGUUGUGUAUUAACUUGUAUUAAAAAUGUGCAUUUUGUACAGUGGUUAAAGGACAGAGCAGAUUUAUCUUAGAUUCUCUAGGGAUACUCUUAAAAUACAGAAUUUGUGAAGAUUUGCUCUUAUUUCUACACAGUUUUUUCUUUCCCACCCCCAAAACAUAAACUCUUAUUUUCCCAACCUGCUUAAAUUAGUCCAUUAAUUAAUUACAUCUGUGUUAUCUGUCAAUCUUUUUUUUUAAAUUCUGUAUAUUAAGAACA